AUGAGCACAGGACCGUGCCAGCCCAGCGCACCAAACAACGGCGACAUCAUCGGCCAAGUCGUCACCGGCUAUCAAGGCUGGUUUACGUGCGAGGGCGACGGCUCGCCGCUCAAGGGAUACUGGCAUUGGGCGCCGGACCGCCUCAAGCCAAUGUGUAAGGGCAACUGUGCAGUCAUCUCGUGGCCCGACAUGCGAUACUACGAGCGACAGCACGACACUGCCUUCGCCCCAUAUCCAAACGGAACACCCUCGCGUCUCUUCAGCAACAUGGACGCACAGACGGUAUAUGCCCACUUUCGGAUGAUGCAGGAAGCCGAGAUCCACGCCGCCGCUCUGCAGCGCUUCGUACCCUGUGGUCCCGAGGGUCCUCCUCGCGAUAUCACGACCGUGCACGUCGCCAACGCCGCCGUCGCAACCGGAGUCAAGUGGUAUUGCAUGUACGACGUUGGCGGGUGGAAGAAGAUGCGUACCGAACUCCCCGAGGACUGGCGGACCAAGAUGAGCCAAUACGCCUCGUCGCCAGUGUAUGCGCGCCAAAACGGCAAGCCCGUCGUCGCUAUUUGGGGAUUCGGCUUCAAUGAUGAUAACCACCCCUUCAGCCCCGAGGAGUGCAUCGAGGUUAUCCGCUGGCUCCAGAGUUGCGGGCUCUAUGUUAUUGGCGGUGUGCCAACAUGGUGGCGCAAGGGUAUUAGCGACAGCCGCGAUAAUUACCACGACGUGUACCGGAGCUUUGACUGCAUCUCGCCAUGGAUGGUUGGGCGCGCCUCGCUCACCAAGGACCUCGACUUUUACUUUAGCGAGUGCAACAAGGGUGAUGCGGAGGAACUACACUCCCUCGGCAUCGAUUACCAGCCAUGUGUAAUGCCGGGCGACCUGGCCACAGGACGGCGCCUCCAUGGCGAUUUUUACUGGCACCACUUUACCAACCUUGCCCGCCUUGGAACUACCGGAGUUGGCCUCUACGUCUCCAUGUUUGACGAAUACAACGAGGGAAACCAUAUUGCACCGACAGCCGAAACCAGCGCCGACCAGCCCUCCGACUUUCCCCAUCCAGCCCUUGACGAAGACGGUACCCCCUGCACGGCCGACUACUACCUCCGCCUCACCCGCGACGGAGGUAACAUGUUCCGCGGCCGCCUGCCCCACACCGAGCUGCGGCCGACCGAACCCUGGCCCGGCCGCGGACCAUGUCACCGUUCCCGUCAAGUGGCUAUCAAGGCCAUGGUCAAUGGGCGCUACGUGUGUGCCGAAGGCGACGGACACCUGAUCAACGACCGGGAGAGGGCCGGUGCAUGGGAGACGUGGACGCUCGAACCUUGUCCUGGAGGAACACGGUUCAAGGCGUACACUGGUAAAUAUAUGAGUGCGCAGCAGGAGCAGGACAAGGUCGUCGCGAAUCGCGAUACACCGGGAGCAUGGGAGACUUUCGAGGUGAACCGCCUCGAUGACGGGCGCGUCACUAUCAAAGCCUGGACGGGCAAGUAUCUCCAAGCCAUUCCGGAGGGGAAGGGUCGCAUGGUCGCCGGCGCAGCUGAGCCGGGGUGGUGGGAGAGCUUUACACUCGAGGACGUGUAG